AUGGAUCAAAUGCUUGAAAGGUUGGCGGGACAAGCUUACUAUUGCUUCCUAGAUGGAUAUUCCGGGUACAAUCAAAUCACGGUUGACCCGGCCGAUCAAGAAAAAACCACCUUUACUUGUCCCUUCGGAAUCUUCGCGUAUCGUCGGAUGCCCUUUGGGUUGUGCAAUGCACCGGCGACAUUUCAAAGAUGCAUGCUA